CCCCUUGCCACCACCCCAAGCCCUGGGCUGGCCGAGGGGCUGCGAGGUGCGGGGUGGGUCUGGGGGUUGCGGGGGGCUUUGCAUUGAUGCAUUGAUCGCCCAUGGUCUCUGCCUGACCUCCCUGCUCCCAGGGAAGCAGUCUCCAUGGCUACUGGCCCUUCUCCUCCAGCGCAGACUGUAAAUUCCUGCAGGCAAAGCCCAGCCUUGGGGGUGCGAGGGGGGGAGCCGGGAAGGAGUAACCAAAGCCAAAUAGAAAGAAAGAAAGGCUGGGAGAAAAAGGGCGUUGCUUGGAUGGGGCUCUCCUUUCCACUCCCCUUUCUCAGGUCCCCAGCACCAGGGCAAGGCGCCUGCUUCCCCCCUCCAGCGCUGCUGCUCCUGCUGCUGCUGCUCUCUUGCAAAACUGGAAUUGGCUGGGAUUAUUUAAGGAAAAAAAAAAAAAAGAGAGGGAUCAGAGCAGCCGCCAGAGAGAGGGCGAUAGAGUCCACUUUCCUCCAACUGCCCUGGGUCUCCUUCCCUCACUCUCUCCUCUUUAGCAACACCAAGAGCCCCAAACUGAACCCAGAGCAGCUUUUUCCAUCAGUUCAGUUCCCUUCCCUCCCUCUGUCUCACACACGGCAAGAAGAGAGCCCCUUCCUCCUCUUGAUUUCCCUUCGCAUGCUCAGCCUCUUGUUUCCUUUAAAGCACUAGAAAUCCCCCCUUCUUGCCCCCACUCCUCCAUGCAGACUGGGAUUGCAAUGGGAGCUUUGCAGAUUGCUGGAUUUUCCAUCCUUUUCUUUCUCCUCUACUCUGGAAACACGCUGGCAAAUAAAGCCAGUCAAGAUGUCGACGAGUGUGUGGAGGGCACCGACAACUGCCACAUUGACGCCAUCUGCCAGAACACCCCCAAGUCCUACAAGUGCAUCUGCAAGUCCGGCUACACCGGCGACGGGAAGCACUGCAAAGAUGUCGAUGAGUGCGAGCGGGAUGACAACGCAGGCUGCGUCCACGAGUGUGUCAACAUCCCCGGCAACUACCGCUGUACUUGCUACGACGGCUUCCGCCUGGCGCACGACGGCCACAACUGCUUAGACCUGGACGAGUGCUCGGAGGGCAACGGCGGCUGCCAGCAGACCUGCGUCAACAUGAUGGGCAGCUACGAGUGCUUCUGCCGGGAGGGCUUCUUCCUCAGCGACAACCAGCACACCUGCAUCCAGCGCCCCGAAGAAGGAAUGAACUGCAUGAACAAGAACCAUGGCUGUGCCCACAUCUGCCGGGAGACCCCCAAGGGGGGCAUCGCCUGCGAGUGCCGCCCCGGCUUCGAGCUCACCAAGAACCAGCGUGACUGCAAACUGACCUGCAACUACGGGAACGGGGGCUGCCAGCACACCUGCGACGACACCGACCAGGGGCCCAAGUGCGGCUGCCACGUCAAGUUUUUGCUGCACUCCGACGGGGUGACGUGCAUAGGGGAGAGACACUUCCAGCAACACGUUAUCCUUGAGACGUUUUCUAAUGAGACGUGUGCUGUGAACAACGGGGGCUGCGACAGCAAGUGUCACGACGCGGCCACGGGCGUGCACUGCAGCUGCCCCAUGGGCUUCAUGCUCCAGCCCGACAGGAAGACGUGCAAAGACAUCGACGAGUGCCGGCUCAACAACGGCGGCUGCGACCACAUCUGCAGGAACACGGUGGGCAGCUUCGAGUGCAGCUGCAAGAAGGGCUACAAGCUGCUCAUCAACGAGAGGAACUGCCAAGACAUCGACGAAUGCUCCUUCGACCGGACCUGCGACCACCUCUGCAUCAACACCCCCGGCAGCUUCCAGUGCCUCUGCAACAAGGGCUACACACUGUACGGGCUCACCCACUGUGGAGAUGUCGACGAAUGCAGCAUCAACCGAGGGGGCUGCAAAUUCGGCUGCAUCAACACGCCCGGCAGCUAUCAGUGUACCUGUCCCGCCGGCUGCAAGCUGCACUGGAACAAAAAGGACUGUAUAGCCGGCGCAUGUCCCUCAGAGCUGGUGAAAUGCCUGCCAGGUUCGGUGCCGCCGCGGGCCACCCUCACCUGCAACAAGAUGGGCAAGAAGGACAGCUGUGCCCUCACCUGCGCCUCCAAGGCCCGUUUUCUGCCAGAGUCGGACAGCAGCUACACGGUGAGCUGUGGGACCCCAGUCCUGCGGCAGGGGGGCCAGCAGAGACCUGCCAACAGCAGCCAGCAGUGCCUCGAGACUGUCGCUGCGCCAAUCAAGCAAAAGGCUUCCUUCAAGAUCAAGGAUGCCAAGUGCCACCUGCACCCGCGAGCCAAGGGCAAGCAGGACGAGGCCGGGAAGGCUGGGGCACAAGGCGGUUCGGCACCUUGCACCGACUGCCAGGUCGCCUUCGUCAACCUCAAGUGCGACUCGUCCAAGAAGGGGAAGGGUCGCCGGGCUCGCAACUCCUCCAACAAGGAGGUGACGCGCAUCACGCUGGAGUUCGAGGCGGAGAUCAAGCCUGAGGAGAUCACAGCCAGCUGCAACCUGAACUGCCUGCGACAGAGAGUGGAGAAAAAGCUGAAGUCGGCCAUCAAAGCCCUGAAGAAAUCCAUCAACCAGGAGCGGUUCCUGCUCCGCUUCGCAGGGAUGGAGUAUGAGGUGGCAAGGAAGCUGAGCGUGGCCCCGGAGCGGCAGGAGAGCUGUGGGCCAGGCCAGCAGCGCCUGGGCGGCAAGUGUGUUAGCUGCUCGCAGGGAACGUAUUACCACGGCCAGACGGAGCAGUGCGUCCCCUGCCCUGCUGGCACCUACCAGGAGAAGGAAGGGCAGCUGUCCUGCGACCUGUGUCCCCGCGGUGAUGCUUUCGGACCAGUGGGAGCCACCAACAUCACCGGCUGCACGGGUCAGUGUUCCCCUGGCCAGCACUCGGCCGAUGGCUUCAAGCCCUGCCAGCCGUGUCCCCGCGGGUCCUACCAGCCCGAGGUGGGGCGGGCGCUCUGCUUCCCCUGCGGCGGGGGGCUGACCACCCGCCACGAGGGAGCCCUCUCCUUCCAGGACUGCGACACCAAAGUCCAGUGCUCCCCCGGGCAUUACUACAACACGAGCGUCCACCGCUGCAUCCGCUGCGCCGUGGGCACCUACCAGCCUGAUUUUCGGCAGAAUUACUGCAUCGCCUGUCCCGGCAACACCACCACCGACUUUGACGGCUCCACCUCCGUGUCCCAGUGCAAAAACCGGCAGUGCGGGGGGGAGCUGGGCGAGUACACGGGCUACAUCGAGUCCCCCAACUACCCGGGGAAUUACCCCGCCAACGUCGAGUGCACGUGGAACAUCAACCCGCCGCCCAAGCGCAAGAUCCUCAUCGUGGUGCCGGAGAUCUUCCUCCCCUCUGAGGACGAGUGCGGCGAUGUCUUGGUCAUGCGGAAAAACUCCUCGCCAUCCUCCAUCACCACCUACGAGACAUGCCAGACCUACGAGAGGCCCAUCGCCUUCACUGCCCGCUCUCGGAAACUGUGGAUCAACUUCAAAACCAGCGAAGCCAACAGUGCCCGGGGCUUCCAGAUCCCCUACGUCACCUACGAUGAGGACUACGAGCAGCUGGUGGAGGACAUCGUGCGGGACGGCAGGCUCUACGCCUCUGAAAACCACCAGGAGAUCCUCAAGGACAAGAAGCUCAUCAAAGCUUUCUUUGACGUGUUGGCGCACCCCCAGAAUUACUUCAAGUACACAGAGAAACACAAGGAAAUGCUGCCCCGUUCCUUCAUCAAACUCCUCCGCUCCAAAGUCUCCAGCUUCCUUCGGCCUUACAAAUAGCCCCCCGUGCCCCCGCCACCCCCGGGCCGCCCUGCAGCCAAGGAAAACCUCUCCUCCCUUCCCUCUCCUUUCCGAUUUUCUCCUUCCUCUGCUCGGCUCCAGCAGGACCGCCACCUCUCACCCCGCAGACGUCCCCCCACGAUUUCUCCACCGCUCCCUGCAGAGCCAUGCCCCCAGCGGGGGGGGGAUGCUCCGGUCUCAUCCAGCUGCUGGCGAAGCCGCUCCUCUCUUCCAAAGCAGCUUUUUCAUUUUAAGAAACCGAAGUGCCGGUCCUUUCGUCAGCCUCUGUCCUCCCUUUGGUUUACUUUACACCAGGUUUGUCCCCGUUCCCCGGUGCCACCGGCAGCCUGGGACAUUGCAGGGAGUCAUCAUCCUUCCAGCCCACGGGUCUGGCGCCGGCUGCAACCCCACGGAGCUCUUUCGCAGAGGAUGGCAAGAAGGUAACGCCGUAUUUAUUGCAGCACCUGGGUCGUGGGUAUCGGCAUUGCUUUGCAGAGACUGGGGGAAAAAAAUUUUUAAAAGCAUACUUGAUUAAAAAGGAAAUUUAAAGGAGAGAAUGGCAAAGCAUGCCAGCAAACGGCAACCGUGGUGGCUCCGGUGGUCGUCCCGCCAGAGAGCCGCACUGGCGCUGGGAGGAAAGCACAGCCAAGCCACGUUCCCGGAGAACAAUGUCUGGCUGUACGGGAGAAAACAGGGAGCAAAGGAGAAGGACUUUCAGCCGGGUUUGGGUUUUGUUGUUGUUUUUUUUUCCCCCACCCCAGACACUUGUGCCAAGAAACCAGACUUUCUUACAAGCUCUGCCAAAGAGUAACUCAGAAAAGCAAGCUUUGAGAAGAGCAGGAGUAAAUGUUUGUGCACUAGGAUAUCCUCCUUUCUACCUUUUUCAUAUGUAUUAAGUGCAAUCAUUUGAGUCUUCUUUAUAUUAUUUAGAGGGACGUGUUUUUUUUCUACUAGAAGCGACAAUAUUUAUACCUGCCUGAGAAAUGAGAAUGUGCGUUUGUAACAAAACAAAAAACGAAAGAAAACCACCCACCCAAAGCAAACCCAGCCCCGGGCUGCCGCUGACCGGUGGAUGCUGUUUUCAGGCCUUGCAACUUUUUCUGCCGCAUUUGUCCCCGAUAAAAACCCCUAUUCGGUGGCGGGGAGGUGGUGCCUCUCCUGCCUGGCGUGCGGUGGGGUGAGUUUUUGCAGGGGGUUUGAGGCAUCUCGGUCUGUCCCAGAGGAGAUGGAGGCGCUGGGGUGGCUGCGUGCUUUUGGGCUGAUCCACCAUGGUUUGUGGGUUGUUCAAGCCUCAUUGAGAGGGGGAUGCAAAACUCCACCCUGUCACCUGCUUGUUGCAAACUGUUUUCCUUCCCUGCAGGGUCUCGGAGAUGAGCCGAGACCUGGAGGAGACCGGGGCCAGGUCCUGAGGCAGGGUCGGGGGGCACGCUGGGAGGAGAGGAGAGCUGCCCCUCCGCUCAGCCCCGAAACCGCUCCCCCAGGUACAGAGAUCCUUGGAGGGAGAGCCAUCCCGCCCUGGCUCUGGGGAAGGUUUGUGCUUCCAAGUCCCUUCAGAUGCUUUUGGCUCCAUCCCUCGCCCUCAUCCUGCCGGGAUGCUGCAGGAGCCCCUCCCCAGGGAGCGGGGUGCAGAUCCUGGGGGGACCCUGUCCUGCCACCCCUCUCCUUCCCCCUCCGCCUGCCUUCCCCCAGCUUCGCAGGCAGGCACGGCUGGGGACGGUGGCCAGGUGGAUGCCACUGUCCGGUUUGUCCCCCAGCUUCCCACGUGGCCAGACACUAACCCCUGGGGACAGGAGACCGCUGCCACCGGUCCCCCCUCUUUCUCCUCCCCAAGUCUUGCUCCCUUUCCAGCCCUGCAACCGGCUCUUGGCUGUCACCUCCCAGCAUCUUCAGCCCCAUCUUCAUCCCCCCAAAGCCCUGGAGCUGCCAGGACUAAAGGUGGCCGACUUGCCUACAGCUUUCCUGUCGGCAGUUCCUGUCCCCGCUUGUCUCUUGCUGUUCCCUCAACCACAUCUGGGGCGAGCCUGGCUCUUAACAAACUUAUUGCCCUGCACGUUGUCCCGGGUCAGUCCUUGCCAAAACCGGGAGGCAGCUGCUCGCCCGCAUUUUCCCUCCUCAAAUCCAUGCUGCUCCAGCACCCCAAGAGCUGCUUCUGGGCUCUGUGAGGGGCUGUGGGCUGGGUGAGUGCUGGCAAAGGGGGGCGAGGUUUGUCCCCAAGAUGCGACAGUUGGAAAAGUCUGUCCUGAUUCAUCCCAGCUGUGGAUUUACCCCUCCUGCCGCCCAGCUCCCAGCCUGUUUGGAAGCUCAACAUCUGUGGGCUGAGCUGUUUGUCACUUGGUUGGUGUCUGAAAGCAGCUGCUUUGAUCCACAAAAGCUGUUGUAGGGAUUUGGGGGGGUUGCUCUGGGGCAGUCGUAGCAGAGCAGUGACCAUUGAAAGGGUCUUUCAUAUUUAGAAGAAAAAAAAAAAAAAAACACAGCAGCAAAAAUAAAAACAACCCGGGACCGAAUAACCCAGCUGCGGCAGCCCCAGUGCGAUGCAGCCACUGGUGCUCGCUGAGGGGUUUAUUAAUUCUCCGUGAUUUAGCAGCACGGUUGCUGUCGCUCUGACCCCGCUGGGACCGGGGCUCCCAGAGCCUCGGCGUGUCCUGGGCGCCCCCGUUGUCACUGCACUGCCCUCCUCCGCUCCCCUAAAGCAGUUCUGGGAGGGCGAGCGGGGCGGCAUGUCCUUCUGUAGCAGCCAAAGGCACCUGGUAACAUCUCCCCCCUCUCCUUCCACCAAAUAUCUCAAAUAAUCCCCCCCCCCCCAAAAAAAAAAAAAGCCCACGGGGCCACCAGAGCCACCCCACUGCAGCUCGGUCCCUCUCAUCACCCACACCCAGACCCAGAAAAGGUUUGAAAGGCUGAAAACUGCAUCAUCAGCCGCCUCGGAUGUACUGAAUGUUUCGACACGGUGAACAUAAAUAAGGGUUGUUGGUUUUUUUUGUUUUGUUUUGUUUUUUUCAUGUUGGAAUAUUUAUAUCUGCCUUUUGCAGCGGGCCACGACUUACCAUCUCCAGCAAAAAUGAUUAAAGUAAUGAGAAAGAUGUAGUUCACGAAGUUAUUUGCACUUGAUUAAAAGAAAAAAAAUGUAUCUGAACUUUGUAAAAAGAAAUGUUUGCAUUUUGUAUUGUCUUUUUUUAAUUAUUAAAUGGAAUUUCUUGGUGUUGUGUUGAUCUUUCAAAAA